AUGCCAGCCAUCGGAAUGGGUUCAGUGCUGCAGGCCUUUGUGCAAACUGCCGCUGUGACAGGCGCCUUCUACGUCGGUAUGACACGAGUCUCUGACAACAAACACCACUGGACAGACGUUCUCGCUGGCAUGAUAAUUGGCGCCUUGGUUGGUAUUUUUGCCGUUCGCUACGCUACAGACGUGCGUGAAUUCGACGCCGCGGAAGCGGAGGAGGUGGGGUAG